AUGGAAUCCAGUAAUCGCUAUCAAUUUGAAUUUCAUGAGGAGCAUCAGGAACGACCACAAAAACAUUUUUAUCCUCGUCAGGAUCCAAAUGUCACGGCAACAACAAUCGAAACAAAAUAUUAUAGUCGAGAAAUACCUCCAAGAAUUUAUUCAAGAAAUGAGGAUAAUACAAGACGAAGAUCUAGUAUUUCUUAUAAUGAAUAUGAUAAAUACGAAUCAGACACGCUUAAUAUGAAAUAUUGUAUUGAACCUGCUGGAGUAUUACGAAUUAUAGAAAUUAUCAUUUGCCUAAUCGUCGUUUGUCUACUUACAGUAGUUUAUGGCCCAGGCCCCUUUAAGGGUAUACUUUUUGGACAGACAUUAAUAAUGUUAUUUACUGGAUUUGCACUUUGUCUAACUUUUUUAAUUCUUUUGGCUUAUUUUUUCAAUUUACCUCAAACAUAUUUAAAUUUUUGGCCGUGGACUGAAUCUGAUAUAUUAUUGUCAGGAAUUGCUUCAAUUUUCUUUUUAAUUUUUUCAUGUUUAGAAGCAUAUUAUUCAACAGGGGGUUGGGCUAAUAAUUGUAAUGAUAUUGGAGGGGAUGGAGUUAUUCACAAUGGAUGCCGCCUAAUUAUUGAAUGGGCAUUUGCAGCGGUAAAAAGUUGA